AUGCCACAGCAGCUAGACCGCGCAUUGAUUCGGCCGGGACAUGUGGACUUGCAUCGGUCUGAGCUUCCGUCUCGCGAGGAACUGAAGCACUUGUUCUUAAGUCUGUACAGCGGUGGCGGUCCAGGCGAACAGGAGAAGCAGAAGAUAGAAGACGAGAAGGAGAAACUGCAGGAGCUUGCGGGCGGGUUUUCAUCGUAUUUGCCUGAGGGUCGAUUCAGUAUUGCUGAUGUCCAGGGGUUUCUGUUGCAGUAUAAACGGGAGCCUGAGAAGGCAUGUGAGAAUGUUGUUGGUUGGGUGGAGGAGGAUUUGGGCGUCGAUGAUGAACAAACUACUAAUACUGAGUAG